AACGUUAACGGAAUCCGAUACCUGGACGUCCGCGCGUCACGUCGCGUCGCCGGCGGCGACGCCACGUGAAGGACUCGCGGCGUGGCACGUGUCGCGCGCACGCCGGGCCUCCUCGGUAAGGUCGAGUCGAGUCGAGGCGGCCUGGACCGUCGUGUGAUGGUUGGUAAUUAUGGAUUUUGCGUCUCGUCGCGCGCUGCUCUCUUUCCCAUGAUGCGUCGCGCGCGGUAACAGGCAGAAUCGUGGAAUCGGACCGUUACCCCGGCACCACCACCGCCGCGGCGACUCGGUAACUCGGCGCGCGACGUCGCGUCAUCCCCGCCUCGUCCCCUUGGCGAGCCGAUCGCCGUCGCCGUCGCACGUGGGACACACCGCGAGUCCCGCCGACGGCGGAAACGGACUUUAUCUCGUUUGCUCCGACAUCGUUGAGAAUACCGCCGCAUGCAAUUGAGAAAUGAUGCAUUGUGGGUAAAACAUGGAACGGCGGAAAUUAACCGUUAAUUUUUGGAUACUGUACACGUAUAUACUGUUGCGCAAAUAAAGUUGGCUAUGGCAAAUACAUUAUAUCUCUAUUGUCUGUAACAAUACUUUUCUAUUGUCCUGACGUUGAGGCGAGUGUCGAUAUCGACUAUCACCUUGACGAAUCACCUACUUUUUUUCUAGAAGCUUUCAGCGAGGCAUGCGUGGCGAUGCUUACCUUAGGGUCUUGACUUGCGAGAGAGGAGGGUGGGGGUUGGGAAGACCGAAGAGAGAAAGAGAGAGAGAAAAGUUGGGAAAGAUCGGAAAGGGCAGACCGUCCCGUGGGAUCGCCUCCGUCUACCAUUUAUCGUUCGGUAGGACCGACGCAGAAGUCCAUUUGCACAACUCGGGCUCGGAAGUAGCACUAGCAGUAGAGUGAGCGGGAGCCGUCAGGCGUCGCUGUCGGUAGUUUGUAAUUGGCGCGCUUGCGUUCGCGGCGAGACAGUGCGUCGCUACUGUGGCCGGGUGUGCGGGCAGCGCCGCGUCGCGGCGAGGGAGACUGACAACGGGUCGUGUGUGUGUGCGCGCGGAACGACGGAACGGGACCAUUUCGGUACGUCGCGGAAGAAUGCGUAGCCAUUGUUGGUGCUGCGAUCGUUAGUUUCUAGAUCCGAGAUCGCGAUGGGCACGGAAAGGGACACGACCGCGCGGAGCUCGAGGAUAACGUCGACGGGGCACGACGCGGGCCAUUGAUACGUGUGCCGAAUCGAGCGGAUUGAGGGCCGGACUUGGGCGCGUAAGUGUUGUCUGUGAGGGACUACAGAGCCUGUGCGCGAUCGGACCGCCGCGCGUCUCUCCGUGUUCCCGUACCUCUCGGUCUCGCUCUCGGUCGGUCGGUCGGUCGGCCUCGUCCCCGUCGUUGCGUACACGCGAGCGAGCGAGUGAGCGAGCCGAGCCGAGCACGAGUGUAGAAGCACGAGCGCGCGAGCGUGAGCGCUCGCACGCAGGAGUGAGAGUGAGUGAGGUGAUAUAUACGGUGGGGCCACUGCUCGAGCGAGUGAACGAACGUGCGAGAACGAGCGAACGAGCGAGCGAGCGAGCGGCGGUGGCGGCGGCCAUAACACCGACCAGCCAACCAAACUAAACGAGCGAGGGAGAAAGCGUAGUGUUUGAGCGACGAGUUGUCCCGGGGGCCCGUAGCGGGUACUGUGUUUUUCCGUGAUAGAGUUCCCGUGCGGGAAAGCGGAGCUUCCGUCUCUCCGGGAUCAGAUGUUGCUAAUGUCGCGAGUCUUACCUGGAGGUACGGAGUCUCACUGCAGUGUACAGGGCUGACAUUCAAAGUACUACCACUCGGUAGGCUUGUGUAGUGUUAUGCCUCCUCGGCACCAAUACUCCUGGUCACAGCGCAAUCGUCUUGGCAAGCAAUUAAUGAGCUGCCAUGCUCAAUUUGCAAUAUAUACUUGCCAUCUCAAUUGUUGAUGAAGCCUCAUAGCGUCAAGUGUCAACGUAAGGCAGUUACCUGCUGCGUAGCAUUUAUGUAUCAUAUAUGUCGGAAAGAAACGAAGUCAAGAUGCAGCAGGUGGACACCAUCUCGCAGAACAAUUCUUUAGAUGUGGAGGAGCGAGAAAGGCUGUGUAAUAUACCGAAGACGAGCAUACCUGGUAAAGCUUCAACUACGCCAGCGAGUCCUGCAAAGGAACCGCCUCCACGUGAUGAACCACCUCUGGAACCGGUGAAUGGCAUAGUUCAACCACCGGUUGUUCCACCGCCGAAUCGUCCAGGACGUAUCACAAACCAGUUGCAAUUUUUGCAAAAAGGCGUUUUGAAGCCAGUAUGGAAGCAUCAAUUUGCUUGGCCCUUCCAACAACCUGUCGAUGCGAAAAAACUGAAUUUACCAGAUUAUCACAAAAUCAUAAAAAAACCAAUGGACUUGGGCACAAUCAAAAAGCGGCUGGAGAAUUCAUAUUACUGGAGUGGGAAAGAAUGCAUUCAAGAUUUCAACACUAUGUUUACCAAUUGUUACGUCUACAACAAGCCAGGAGAAGAUGUUGUAGUCAUGGCACAGGCUCUCGAAAAAUUGUUUCUUACAAAGGUUGCCCAAAUGCCGAAGGAAGAGGUAGAAUUAGAUCCACCUGUUCCAAAAGGGCCCAAAGGCAAGAAAGCCGGAAGAAUUGGUGGACCAGGAGUAGGUGGAAUAGCGGGAGGUACAGGAGCAGGUAGAGGACGACCAUCUUCUGGUGCAGCUGCUGUCACUUCCAGUGUACCGAAUAGUUUAACACCUUCUGCUACAUCGGCUGGAACGACAGGCGUAAUACCCAUGCCACCUCUCGGUACUCAAGCACCAGCUUCCGUACCUGGAAGCACAAAUACAACUACCAUUGCUCCACCGUCAAGUAUGGGUGUCACACCGAUGGCUACUCACAAUUCUUUGCCUCAGCAAGUUGUCCCUCCAACGACGGGUUAUCAUGCGCAGCCAGCGAUGGAUCCUCAAACAGCUUCUGCUGUACCUCCACCUCCACAAGUCCCUACAACACCUACUGUAAUGCCUCCGUCACAACCUGCCAAACUCAAAAAAGGAGUUAAAAGAAAAGCUGAUACUACAACUCCUACCGCAAACGCGUUUGAUCCAUUGUAUGCACCUAUGGAUUCUAAGAAUGCCAAAAUACCUACGAGAAGAGAAUCUGGCAGGCAAAUUAAAAAGCCAACAAGACAAGCGGAAGACGGCUUAGUGCCAUACCAUCAGGCCAAUAUGCCUCUUAUGGGGGCAAUGGCCCAGCAGCCUCCUCAUGCUGGUGUCAAAGGAAAAGAAAAAUUGUCUGAAGCACUAAAAUCUUGCAAUGAUAUUUUGAAAGAACUUUUCGCUAAAAAACAUUCGCCCUAUGCUUGGCCUUUUUACAAACCUGUUGAUGCAGAACUUCUAGGCCUUCAUGACUAUCAUGAGAUUAUCAAAAAACCUAUGGAUCUUGGUACAGUGAAGACGAAAAUGGAUAAUCGUCAAUAUAAAACUGCACACGAAUUCGCAAGUGAUGUGCGACUUAUAUUUACUAAUUGUUACAAGUAUAACCCUCCCGAUCAUGAUGUUGUUUCAAUGGCUAGAAAACUUCAAGAUAUAUUUGAGAUGAGAUAUGCUAAAGUCCCCGAUGAACCAAUGGGUAGUAGUAUGGUGGCUAUGAAAGGAAGUAGCAGUGGUAGCGGAAGUAGUUCUGGAGGAGAUAGUUCUUCCGAGAGUGAUGAUUCAGUUGAAGAACGUACUCAGAAAUUACUUGAAUUACAGCAAGAGCUAAAAGCUAUGCAAGAGCAAAUGAGGAAAUUAGUAGAGGAGACCGGUAAGAAGAAAAAUAAAAAGAAGAAGCCAGAUAAACCAAAAUCAAAGCCAAUGAGCAAUAAGAAUAGUAGCCUUGUUGCCAGUCAUACUGGUGCCAUGAAAGAACUUAUGAAACCGAGUGGUGGUAUUCCCAAUGUGUCCGAUAGUGUUGGUGCUAGCAUAGCCAGUGUUGCGAUGGGAGCAGGAGAUUUGAAAAUGCCUGGUGGCAUGGCUAGUGAUCUUCAUCAUCAACCUACAGCAGUAGGACCUAAUAAGACCCAUGCUGCAGGAAGUUUAGGACAUCAUUUGCCAACAGCAGUGAAUGCUAAGCCAAAAGGUAAACGGGGACCUGGAAAAGCUGCCGCAACUGCUAAUACUGCAACCAAAAGGCCGAAGGCUAAUAGUAGAUCUACUGGGAACAAGAAGAAAAAUACUGGCAAUCAACCACCUCCAAUCACGUUUGAUUCGGAAGAUGAAGAUAAUGCUAAGCCAAUGUCUUAUGAUGAGAAAAGGCAGCUUAGUUUGGAUAUUAAUAAACUACCAGGUGAUAAAUUAGGUCGUGUUGUACACAUAAUACAAUCUCGGGAGCCUUCAUUGAGGGAUUCAAAUCCAGAUGAAAUCGAAAUUGACUUUGAGACACUGAAACCAUCGACGCUUAGAGAAUUGGAAAGCUAUGUUGCAUCAUGCCUCAGAAAGAAGCCACACAAGAAACUUAGUGGUAAGUCCAAGGAUGAACAAAUGGCAGAAAAGAAACAAGAAUUGGAAAAGAGGUUACAAGAUGUAACAGGACAGUUAGGCAAUGUCAAGAAAACUGCCAAAAAAGAAGACAGUAGUAAGUCUGUUGAUGUAGUUGGAACUGGUGGUGCCAGUGGACCUUCACGAUUGUCGGCGUCGAGCAGUAGUAGCAGCGAUAGUGACUCCAGCAGUAGUUCGCUUUCUUCAUCAAGCACCGAUUCAAGCGACAGUGAAGCAGGAAACUCCUCGAAUCGUCCACAUAGAAAAAAAGCAAAGAAGAAUUCAUCAGGUACAGGACCUUCUGCAACGACUGCUACCGUAACACCGGCACCUACUUUAAAUCAUAGUGGAGCUCUUUUAAUGAAUAAUCAACCACCGGCGAACUCUACGGGACCAAUAACAAAACCGUCUGUUACUCAAUCAAGCAAUAUUCCUUCAGAAUCAGGAGGCAAUAAUAAUCAACAGCCUGUCGCAGUGACUGCUGUUACAACAGGGCAAAGUAUACCUGUCGCGAGUCAUGCGUCUAUGCCAGCCCAACCGUCACGACCUACAGCUCUGGCUACGGCCGCUCCUGUAAAAAAACCAACACCAACACCACCACCACCACCACCACCACUACCACCACCGACUUCAUCUAAUCCACCAACUCCAUCGGUUUCUGUACCAACUCCACCGCCCAGCGUCACACCUACAAAUACAAAUUCUAUGACAGCCUCGCCAGCUGUAUCUCAACAACCACCGCAGCAGCCACCAACGUCCAUUAGUUCCUUUCCAAAUGCAAAUACAUCUGUUCCCACAGACGGAACAAAUUUAAACCAACAGUCUGAUCUUUUACAGCCAUAUAAUGCUUUAGUUUCGGUGCCUACCACACAGUCCUCUUUGGAUCAAACACUUGCACUCAAGAAGGAAGCUUCAUUUAUGCAAACACAGCCCACCUUGGACCAAACACUCGCUCUCAAGAAGGAAUCUUCAUUUAUCCAAACGCCUCAUACGACGAAUAAUACUAAUAACAACACCAAUCUCAAUUUAUUACCGGAUGUGAAAUCUGUGAGCAUGAUGCCGACGAGUAUAGCUUCUAAUCUGAAUUUGGGCAAUAUUAAUGUGACAAGCUUGAAUAUGAAUUUGUCGCAAGGAUUGGCGGCACAUAUAUCCAUGCACAAUCAAUUAGAAAAUAUGAUUAAUACUACUGCGUCAUUAACUAAUAUACAAAAUUCACAUAACGUUACAAUGUCGCAGCAGCAUUCCAACGGGUUUCCAAAUACAAAACGCGGAAAUUCACCGCCCAAUAUGCUGAAUAAUAACGGCAUUCCAGGAUUGAAUAUAGGAAUGAAUAUGGGAGGCAUCAGUUCGAUAUUUGAUCCCCUUCCUAUAGCAUCUAUGCCAAUGCAGAUAUCUCAGAUUCCUCUAAAGAAAGAGGAAAAACCUCUGCCAAUUUCUCAACCUCAACUGACGCAAAAGCCUAUGGAUGCAGGAGCUUUUUUUGCAGAAAUGAAUACUUUAGGAAUGCCACCUAUGGGUAAUCAUACCAGUACUCAGAUAAUGCCUGAAAAGAAAAUGACCCCACCUGACUCAAAGAAUCCUGCUUCAAACUUUGCGUCAGCCUUUAAAACUAAGACAGAGCAGAAUGUAAAGAAUGCAUCAUCCUGGUCUUCCCUUGCGCAAGCUUCGAGUCCUCAAUCGGCAGCUGCAGGGAGUAGUAUGAAGAGCGCAGCGCGAGAUUCAUUUCAGGCAUUCAAAAAGCAAGCUAAAGAAAAACAGGAUAGGCAAAGAGCCUUAUUGGAGCAACAAGAGAUGCGAAGACAGCGAGAGAAAGAACAAGCGGAAAGGGAAAGAUUAAUGCGGCAGGAGAAUGAAAGAAGACGGGAACGAGAAGAAGAAGAUACUCUAGAUAAAGUUAGGAAAAAUAUUGGAGAUCAGCAAGGCAAUGUUAUGACUACCACGACAAGGGCGGAAGAAGUAAAAGCCAUUACUGAUACAGAUAGCAGUAGUCCGAGUCAUUCGUCCAGUCAGGACAAGUCCGCUGCAGAAAGAGAACGUCUAAGGCAACGGGAACAAGAACGCCGAAGACGAGAAGCGAUGGCUAGCUCAAUUGACAUGAACUUGCAGAGCGAUUUGAUGGCUGCGUUUGAGGAAUCUUUAUAAUGUUACUAUAUCCUGUUUAUAAAAAAUCUACAGAAACUUGGCAGAAUUCGUAUGUUUGGCACUGAGCAAUCUUGUAGAAAUCUUUAAAUAUAACGCCAGUCGAUAAACAAAAACAACUCAAAAAAUCAGAUAAAUAAUAACAAUGAACGACUAGCCGUGUGCUAGUUAUUAUAAAUGGUGGUACAGUUGGGACAUUCCAACGGAAAAUUCAUUUGGUCAUCAGAAGAUUCGAACAGCUUAUUAAAACUGAGACCUGCAUUGUCUCUAGAACAGACACUUAAAUGCGACUGUAAUUAGAUAAAUACUUAUAUAAUACUUUGAAAAUACUACACUGACUAUUAUGUUAGAUUUUUCCGGUUUUCAUAAGUUUGUACUUUAUGUAAAUUUGGAAACAAUAUAUUAUUCAAAUAAGAGAGGUUUGCAUGUGACAACCGAAUGUGUGCGAGUAGACAUGAAUGUCAGCUUUAAAGAAGAGUAAAAAUCGUGUACAUUUAGUUAAGUUUUGUAUUUUUCCACAACAUUGAGUCAUUAAUCGUUGGUAGGAUUACGUAGAAGUGUUUCUGCCAAUAAUACAUGUAAUUAUAUUAACUAUCAUUAUAUAAUAACGCCAUUGCAAAUUUUUUUCUCGAUUAUUCAUAUACGCUAUUUGUAAUCAUAAAAAUAGUUAGGCGUAUAUGUAUGUGAAUAAUGAUAGAAAAAUGUAAGAUAAUACGAACAUCCAAGAACUUGGUGAAUUUAAUAACGAUCAUCACGGCUGUCCAUUUGUGACUUCAAUUGAUCAACUGCUGAUCUAUCAGAAUAUUAACAGCUAUACUAAUGUAAUUGUUCAAGUGUUAUUAUGAGCCAGCUGAUCGAUUCAAAGUUAUUCAUUAACUCACUUUAGAACAAUGUCGUCAAUUAUUACGAAUGAUAAGAUGAUUCUAGAAUUGAAGUAGUUUUGAUCCUACCAACCAUUAGAUCAGACUAUGUACCUAAUUCUUGGUAUACUUUCUUGGUAUACUUUAGGCUCGUUAGGCGAAAAAGAAAAUCACGAUGCGCUGUACGAGUAACAUUUAUUAGGAAAGAAUUAUAUUUAUUCGAUCACUAGGAUAUGAAAUUACGCGAUAUUGAAAAAUUAUUAAAAUAUAAAAAAAAUUGUUUGGAAAAAUGUUUGCGUAUAAUCUUAAAAUCUUAAAUUUUUUCGAAUUCGUAUCAUGAGUGAGUAGAUAAAAGUUAUAUGUUUAACAUUUCGGACAUAAAGAGUGAAUCCUGAUUAAUAACCGAGUCGCCCGAACAAGAUAUGCGUCAAUCAAGUAAAUUCUAAAAAAAAGUUCUUUAAAAAAUUUAAAAAAAAAUUGAAUUUUGUUGAAAAAGUACAAAAAGCGAAUUAAAAAGCAAUUUUUUCAUUAAUUGUGAUCAUUAGUAAUAUUAAUUAUUAAUUUCUUAAAAGUAGAUUACAUAGAAUAAUGGCAAUAAUAUGCCAAAUAUACAUAAAAUAGCACUAUUAUUAAAUUAUUCAUUUAAUUGCAAUUUUUUUUUAACCUUGUGUAGUGUCUUUAUUUGUUGUGUGGUGAUACAUGACGAUGAACAAUCGUUAUGAUGGCGCAGUUUGUCCAAUAAUUGAUUUAAAGUGAUUAUUAAACUGAACGUCUGAAUGUUUAAAACUUGGAAGUUUUAAGCAAAAUCAUGAUUUUUAUAAAAAUAAGAAGAAUUAUAGUAGUUUAUUGGCCGGGAUUAAUUGAAUGAAGAAUAAUAGAGUAAAAUGAAAAAAUUUUGAUAAAUUCAAAAUUUUUUCUUUGCCAAGCGUUAUAAUUCUUUGAGCUCUCUACUAAAGAUCAAGAAUUCUUCAAUAUUUGAAAAUAAUGUAGAUAAAAAAUAGGGAGGGGAGGGGAGAGAAUACGAGAAUGUUAGGGCCUAAACACAAUGUCAGGCAACGCAAUAGGAACAGAAAUAAUGAAAGAGAGAAAGGAUCUUUUCUCUUUCUUUAUUUCCUAUUCCUAUUGCCUGUUGCCUGGCAUUGUGUGAUGGUCUUUACACUUUCAAUAGAAAAGCCACUUUCGAAUGUUUAUGUCGCCCUUCGCAAUCCUAUUUUCAUUAUUUUGUGUAUUGGAGAUAAAUAAAAUGGGAGCUCGUUAGAAAAAAAAGAUAUUUGGACACAGAUAGAUUAAUUUAUUCUUGUUUUUUUCGUAUCAAUGAUUUUUUGUCGUCGUCAUCGUUAUCAUCAAUAAUUAGCAAUAUUAGAAUAUUUCUGUAAUCUUUUGUUUUAAUACGUUUCAGGCUCGACGUGAACGCCUAUUCGCAUUUUUUACCUAAUCAAAAUUAAGAAAGCUCUAUGAUCCAUUUCUUAAAAUAUACUACCUACACGAUACUAUAGAGAGCAAUAUUCGCGUGGUUUAGUAUGUAUAAUGAUUUAGUCAUCGGUAUGUUAUUGUUGAUGUAUACAAUUAAAAUAAGAUAGGAGACAUUUCGGUGCGUGAUUAACGAUUUAGCAACGUAUAAAAAUUUCUCUAUUAUGUUUCUUUUUCAUAUAAAAUACAAAGCAUCUAGUGUCGUUAUCCAGGUAGUAAAAAAUAAAAAAAUUUCAAAAAUUGAAAAUUUCUAAAGCAUAAUUGGAAAUGAUUUGGACGUUUUGUUUCUUUAGGUAUUUCACAAACUUUGAUUGUCUACAUAUGAAAAUUUUUUAAAAAUAAAACUAUUAACAGUUUGAUUUGGUGAAUUAUAACGUCACCAGCGUAACUUUUAAGUAAUACAGUAAUAUAAAUUUUAGUAAAAUGGUAAUAUAAAUUAUUAUCAGAAACCAUUGAGUUUGUUGAAUACCCACUUAAUGCAAAAAAAAAACAUCCAAUUUAAAUGAUAUAAUCGCACACAGAAUGUUUCUAUCAAUUUACGUUACCAUUUUACUAUUAUUUCGAUAAUGUGCUAUAAAAAUGGUUGAUGUAAUUAAAUAUUUUUGUUUCUUUUUUAUUAUUACAUAUUUAAAAUUCAUGUUUUAACAAUUAAUUUGAGUGCUAGCAUCAUUAAUCAUAUUGUGGCAAUGUGUAAUAAUUGAAAAAGAAACAAAAAAGUAUAAAUGCAUGAUGGAUAAAGAUAAUUACGAAGAAUGAGAAUGUGAAAGAAGAGUGUGUGUAAUAGAUAUUAGGAUUGUAUUAUACAUAGUUUGUAAUUUGUACAUAUGAAGUCUAAUUGGCAGCAUUGACGGAGAAUAUGUGUAAAAUAAAAUAUUGUUAAGUACUAAGAUGUCUGUAUGUGAUAAGAUUUAUAAGAAAGCCGUAUAGAUUGUAUAAUCAAUUAGGAUCUCAGCAUAAGUUAGGAUACAAACAACAUAAACCCAUACUUCGUAAGUAACACCAAAAUCACUCAGCUCUGUAUCAAAAAGUAAUUUUUUAUAUAAGUUCCCACGAACGCACAUCAUCUCCAAUAGAACAUGAAUUUUAGUAAACUUAUUAUGACUAAUAAUAGCGAACAUUUAAACUGGUGUUGUACAUAAAUAAUAACGAAAUUUAAAAAAUAUCUGAAAUAAGAGAUGCUUGAUGUUGUUAAAUAAGGACAAAGAGAGAAAGAGAGAGAGAAAAUGAGCGAGAAUGAGCGAGAUGGAGCAAUUGUUAUUGAGUGUUAAUUGCGUUCAUGUACCUACAUAUAUAUAUACAUAUAUAUAUUUCCUUUUGUUAUAUCGAUACCACUAGCUGUAAAUUUACUUUCAUAUUUAUGUUAAAUAUAAUUUUUUAUAAAUAAAUCGAAUUAAAAAACUGA